AUGGGGAUCCAUGGAGGAGGUGGUAGUUGCAGGGCGGUGGUCGACGCUGCUGCCUUGCUCCUUCUCCAGCUGUGUUGCUGCAUUGCUCUUACUCUGGCAGCGGCGGCAGCCACGGACGUCGCCGGAGGGGAGCAACAACAGGUCCGCGCCAAGUACAGAGACCCGAAGCAGCCGCUGAACGCGCGGGUCGACGACCUGCUGCGGCGGAUGACGCUGGCCGAGAAGAUCGGGCAGAUGUCGCAGAUCGACCGGGAGAAUGCCACCGCUGGCGUCAUCAGAAAGUACUUCAUAGGGAGCGUGCUCAGAGGCGGCGGCAGCGUGCCGGCGGCCGGCGCUCCGCCGGAGGCGUGGGUGGAGAUGGUCGAGGAGAUACAGCGCGCGGCGGUGUCGUCGACUCGCCUCGGGAUCCCGGUGAUGUUCGGCAUCGACGCCGUCCACGGCCACGGCUACGUCUACAAGGCCACCGUCUUCCCGCACAACGUCGGCCUCGGAUGCACCAGAGACACAGAGCUCGCAAGGAAGAUCGGAGCAGCAGUUGCAUUGGAGGUCAGAGCCACCGGAAUCCCCUUCAUCUUCGCUCCAUGCCUGGCGGUGUGCAGAGACCCUCGGUGGGGCCGGUGCUACGAGAGUUUCAGCGAACACCCGGAGCUAGUGCAGAACAUGACCUCCAUCAUCUCCGGCUUCCAGGGUGAGAUCCCGGCGAGUGGUCGCCUCGGCGCGCCCUACGUUGCCGGGCAGCACAAUGUGGCGGCGUGCGCAAAGCACUACGUCGGCGAUGGCGGCACCACCAGGGGAAUCAACGAGAACAACACAGUGGCCACCUUCCACGAGCUGCUUGGCAUCCACAUGCCGCCCUACUACACCGCCGUCAUUCGGGGUGUCUCCACCAUCAUGGUUUCCUACUCAAGCUGGAAUGGCGUCAAGAUGCACGCCAACCGCUUCCUCGUCACCGACUUCCUCAAGACCAGGCUCCGUUUCAGGGGUUUUGUGAUCUCGGAUUGGCUAGGGCUCGAUAGGAUCACAAACCCAGAACAUGCCAACUACCUUCUGUCCAUCAAGCUGGGCAUCCUUGCUGGCAUUGACAUGGUCAUGAUUCCAUACAGGUACACAGAGUUCAUCGACGACCUCACGUUGCUGGUGCAGAACGGAACCAUCCCCAUGAGCCGCAUCGACGACGCCGUCCGCCGCAUCCUCCGCGUCAAGUUCACUAUGGGUCUCUUCGAGAGCCCCUACGCCGACACCAGCCUCGUUGGCGAGCUCGGCAAGCAGAAGCACGGCGACCUGGCGCGCGAGGCCGUGCGCAAGUCCCUCGUCCUCCUCAAGAACGGCAAGCCCGGUGCCAAGCCACUGCUGCCGCUUCCCAAGAAGCCCUCCUAUGGCGGCAGCGUCCUCGUCUCUGGCAGCCACGCUGACGACCUCGGCAGCCAGUGCGGCGGAUGGACCAUCACCUGGCAGGGCCAAACGGGGAACAACCUCACCACCGGGACCACCAUCCUCGACGGCAUCAAGCGCGCCGUCGCCCCCAGCACCGACGUCGUCUACUCCGAGAAUCCAGACGCGGGCUUCGUCCAGCAGAACAAGGCACGGUUUGACUACGCCAUCGUCGUCGUCGGCGAGCCUCCCUAUGCCGAGACGCACGGUGACAACCUGAACCUGACCAUCCCUGCGCCAGGGCCAGACGUGAUCCGGAACGUGUGCGACAGCAUCAGGUGCGUCGUGGUGCUCGUCUCCGGGCGGCCGCUGGUGGUGGAGCCAUUCAUUGACGGCAUGGACGCGCUGGUGGCGGCGUGGCUGCCGGGGACGGAGGGGCAGGGCGUCAGCGACGUGCUGUUUGGCGACUACGGGUUCACCGGGAAGCUGUCGAGGACGUGGUUCCGGUCCGUGGAUCAGCUGCCCAUGAACGUCGGCGAUGCGCACUAUGAUCCACUGUUCCCGUUUGGGUUCGGCCUCGAGACACAGCCGUCCACAUAUUAG